CAUUAACUUGGCAGAUACCAUUCAUUCGUACAUUAGAAGUUGCUUGAAGUCAAUAUCGUCGUUUACUGUUUUUAUGGCGGAUGAAUGCUGUUUUCUUAAGCAAAAGAAAAUGGUGGACAGACAGGGUCUAGACUAGCAGCUGUAAAACUCGAAUCAACAAAGGGCUGCGCAGUGUUGCGAACGCUAUGCUAAUUUAGCUAGCUUCAUGUAACGUUGUUCAAACUAAAGCUGAGAUCUGACGGCAAUUAGACAAAAGGCAGGCCUUGAAAACGUCUGGGACUUUGACAAAUGCAGAGUGAUGACAUGCUAUGUUGCUGUACUUCUUGGCAUCGAAUAUAUAAAAUAGAGCAGGCUUUCAGGGCCUCACGAUGUUGUGUUCACUUCUGCAGUUAGGUUGCUAGCAAAGCUCUCUGAAAUCAGGCAUACCAUCUUAGGGUUUGUGUCCACUACUCGUGUACACUUAACCAUGCCUUGAACUGCAGUGGUCAUCUCCCACCCUGGAUAUGUUCAUGCAUGGACGUUUUCGUAAUCAAAGUAAUGUCCUCCACAGUUUUAGGCGUCCGAGUUACUGCAACAAGACCUCGAGUCAUUAGGCCGUACUUAGUAAUAGAAUAAAGAUCAUCCACUUGACACAACUAUUUGGUUAUGCUUAUUCUCUACAUUGAAUGUACUGAAUUGCAAUUAUACAAUAACCUAUCCCAUAAUCCAGUGAUUUGCUGAGUAAGUGUCCAGUGUAAAUGACAAACGUGUCAGAUGAUUGGAUAUAAACCACAUGCUAUAUGCUAUACUGUAGGCCUAUGUGUUGGACUAGAGUAUACAAUUGUUUUCUGAUUGAACAUGGCUUGAUGAAUUCUUGGUUGGAAAUAAAAUAUACUCCUACACACAGCCUUAUCUCUGAAAACAUGGAACUGCCACUGUACAAUCCCUGUUCCCCAGACCCGGAUGUCUUUAGUGGACUUGGGGAAAAAGUUGCUGGAAGCGGCACGAUCAGGUCAAGAUGAUGAAGUUCGGAUACUAAUGGCUAAUGGAGCACCUUUCACAACAGACUGGCUUGGGACAUCUCCCCUGCACCUGUCGGCCCAGUAUGGACACUACUCAACCACAGAGGUGUUGCUGAGGGCAGGUGUGAGUCGAGAUGCUCGAACCAAAGUGGACAGAACCCCCCUUCAUAUGGCUGCCUCAGAAGGACAUGAUAGUAUUGUCGAGGUGCUACUGAAGCACGGGGCUGACGUCAAUGCCAAAGAUAUGCUGAAAAUGACUGCUCUCCACUGGGCUACUGAACACAACCACCGAGAGGUUGUGGAUCUCCUCAUCAAAUAUGGUACUGAUGUCCACGCACAGAGCAAAUUCUGCAAACAUGCCCUGGACAUUGCCUUGGAUAAUGGGAAUGAAGAGCUCGCUGAAAUUCUUCAGGUGGCCAUGCAAAACCAGAUCAACACAAACCCAGAGAGUCCAGACACCAUGACGAUACAUACCGCAGCCCCACAGUUCAUCAUCGGGCCAGGAGGCGUUGUGAACCUGGCUGGAUUAGUCUCUUCAGGGAAUUCUGGUAAAUCAGCAGUUGUGGCGACAGAGGAAGUUGUGACCGCAGAUACCGUGGAUGGUGCCAUUCAACAGGUUGUGAGUUCAGGUGGUCAGCAAGUGAUUACCAUAGUAACAGAUGGCAUUCAGCUGGGUAACCUGCAGGCGGGUGGGGGCAUUGGCCAGCCAAUCAUCCUGACGAUGCCAGAUGGGCAGCAAGUGUUGACCGUGCCUGCCACUGACAUCGCAGAGGAGACGGUCAUCAGUGAGGAGCCCACACUAAAGCGGCAGCGCAUCGAGGUGGUGGAGUGUAGCACCAUGAUCCAGGAAGUAGAGGAGAAGGAAACCCUUCAGAAGCAGUUAGAGGAGGCCAAUCGCGAGGCACAAAAAUACAGACAGCAGCUCUUGAAGAAAGAGCAGGAGGCCGAGGCCUACAGACAAAAGCUGGAGGCCAUCACACGGCAGGGCGGCAAGAAAGCGGCGUGAGGCGUCCGUGCGGGAUCAAGUGACAGACUCUCUGAGACUGAGCUCACACAGGAGGAUGCCCUCUCAGCAUGGACACACUGCAGCACACACAUAAACACACAGGGAACCUGUUGGGGUUGGCCUGUGUGUGAAACAUUGUACUCAUUUGAGAUGGAAGGGACAGUGUGAGGGAAGCCACUGAGGAAUUUGGGUGACCAGUGUUGGACACAAAGCGGACGUCCCAAGUAGGUGUCAUCAGACGCCUUCCCUCUAUAAGCUCAUACAGUGUCUCUAAAUGGCCACUGAGGAUGAUUCUUAGAACUGACAUUUUAAUUUGAUUGGACAUGUUAUUUGAACUUGAUUUCAAAUUGAAACAGGUAUGCUAUGUUGAUGGAUGAAACUGACAUAAUCCAUUAUAUUUACUUAGGUCAAAUUAUUAUCCAGUAGUCUAAUUAUGUUGUAAUGAACAGUCAGACAUUUUGUUUCAUCAGAAAAUAUGAUGGCACAUAUAGCUUUUACCGUAAGUCUCCCGGUUCUGACAGCAUAUGAUGUAUUUUGUCAAUCCUGUCAUUUUCCAAAACAAUAUUUUUAAUGUAUUUUUGCAGUUCAGUGGUCUUGAUUUGGCUUUUACUGUCCUCAGCUUUCUAGGCCUACCUUUAAUUAUAAAGACCACAAAUACCCUUUACACAAUUUAAGGAGAACAUCUCCACCUUUGAUUAUCUAAAAGGGAUAGAGUAUAAUUUAACAUAGUAGUAACUAUGUUCUGGUUUGUUUUAAUGACAUUUGGAAAUGUUUUGGCACAUUUUAGCGUCAUAUUUUUAAAAUCUGUUUUUAUGCAUGUAGUGUUAUUCUGUCAAGAAUUAUGAGAGAUUAUGAUUUGUUCAUGGUGUGAAUUCAUCUGUGAAAAGUGGCCUUAUGCGUAUGCUGUUACGAAAGAUAACUAGAACGAAAAAGAACACAGAAAAAGGACUUGGUAUUUUAAACAGGAGCCAUCAGUAUAGGUCAAUAUUUACACAUUUAAACACACAUGGUGUUAAAGCUUUCAACAAAUGUGGCUUCUUAAUUUUGUCAUGUUGUCUGUAAUGUUAUGUUUAUUAUAUUGUGUCAUAUAUUUAUGUACAUCCCUUAAAAAACAUGAUACUUAACUGUAAAUAAUCCUCCAUAAAGCACUGUGGAAACCUUUUUAUACGAAAAUGUGGAAAAGUUGUAUUUUCUUUGUGACUGAAAGAGGCGGUGGGGUUCAACUUAGUGAAAGGCUCAUGAUAGGGAAGAGGUUAGUGUGUAUUGACUGUGAAAAG